AUGACAACCUGGUGUUGGCAUGCUGUCGGAAAUCCUCUUACACCGGUUGUUGAAGAGGACUAUCGCUCGUGUUGUGGACGGAUGAAAUCGAAAUAUGGAUUCAUUGCUUGUCUCCUCAUCGAUUUCCUCUUCAUUCUCCUCUGUGUCAUUCUCAUCACUCAAAAUUCACCCGAAAACCGACUUGGAUUGAUAAUCCUUAUUGUUCUCUGUCUUCCCAUCACCCUCAUCGGAUUCUUGGCACUUUUUACGUUGAAACCGCUUCACAUGCAGCUUUAUUGGUCGCUGUAUAUCCUGCAAAUGGGCUUCACCGUUCUUGUCAUUGGUUUCCUUGUUAUGAUUCUUUUCAUUCUUCCGUCCAGCACUUUUGUGGAGGAGCGCAAGAUCACCAAACCAAGAACGUUUGGAGGGAUUUUUGGUGUUGUUCUCGUUUUCAUUGCCACCCUCGCUUUCGUUCUUUGGCGUGGAAGUGUCACCUAUUCAUAUUAUAAAUACAUACGCGAUCGCCAGCUAGCCAUCGAGCAUCACGGCUCGAAUCUCGCUCACGCCUCCGACAAUCUGGCUCACGAUAUCGAAAAA